GGACGAGAUUCAACUGACCUCAAUGUGCGUGAUCAUUUGGCAUUCAUCAUAUUCCCGGAACGAUAUUCAGUUCAUAAACUAACAUCAAACUGUCAAAGUAAAAAACAAAUGUGACGACUGUGUGAAAUGUCCAACUGAUGGUUAUCGUCAAGUGGCCUCAUGGGUGAACAUACAAGUUGACUUACUUAAUCUAUAUCACUUUAAAAUUAUCUUUCGUCUCUCAGUUCAGCUUAAAUUGUUCUGACAUCUUUGAUGAGUGCAGUUUCAAGGGUGAAAAAUUCAAUUGCUGCGAUUAUUUCCUUUCCUUGUGGACACCUUAUGGACGCUGUUUCCUGCUCAACUCACUACAGAACAACAAUCACAGUUCCCCACAUUGGCUGCCAGCAUCUUAUAUUCACAAUGAAAAGCAAGAGCUAAAGCUCGAAGUUCAUCACGAUGUACGAGUGGAAAUACUGAACGAGGAAGAUAUACCAAAUCCAUCGUUAUCUUCUGUUAAUUUUGUCAGCAUGUUGGGUAUGAAGAAAACUAUUAAGUUUUACAAAGAAACUCUUGUGAAUGACCCUGAGGUUCGAGACAUGCCGCCAGAGUCCAGAGAUUGCUUAUUCGCUGAUGAGGUGCCGUCAUGGAGUGUCUUCAAGGCAUACAGCUAUAGUGCAUGUAUUAGCGACUGCACGAGAAUCAUUCAAAUGGAAUAUUGCAAUUGUUCCCUUUACAAUUUUAACCCAUUCGACAAUAAACAGUUUCCCGAUUGUGACUAUAAAGGUUAUCUAUGUGUGGAACAACUUGGACUUAUAAGUUCCGAUUUCCAAGAACUGAAGAAGUACAAAGGUAAAUGCAAUUGCUUGCCCUCGUGCACGGAAGCCGAUUUGAUGGACAUUUAUUCAUCUGAGGAACUCAAUACUCCAGGAAAGCUUACUAUAAGCAUCUCGAUGUCUAUUGCACCAGAGUAUCAAUUUCGGCGACAAGUGCUACGCACAAAAUUGGAUGUUAUUGUAUCCUUGGGCGGCAUAUUGGGACUUUUCCUUGGUGCCAGCAUCCUCAGCAUUAUCGAGUUUAUCUACUAUUUUACAUUUCGUGCAGUUAAUAAUUUCAGAAAUUAAUUUAGAUGUUCAAAUAUUUAAAAAGUCAAAAGCUCAUAUUUACUCACGUUUACAUAUUUUGUAGUGCACCAAUUUCU